CUAAACAAUGCUAGUCUGAUACCAGCUGUUCGCCGAUUACUUUUAUUUUAGUUUUGUAGCAUUUUAAUAACUUUACGUUAAACGCGCACAUUUUAUUUAUAUAAAAACAAUGCCAAAAGUGCGUCGCAGUCGCAAGCCACCACCAGAUGGUUGGGAAUUAAUUGAACCGACGCUCGAGGAACUGGAACAGAAAAUGCGAGAAGCGGAGACCGAACCUCAUGAGGGAAAGCGGAUUACAGAAUCGCUGUGGCCCAUUUUUAAGAUACAUCACCAAAAGACACGCUACAUAUAUGAUUUGUUCUAUCGCCGAAAGGCCAUCAGCCGGGAACUAUACGAUUACUGUCUGAAGGAGAAGAUCGCCGACGGCAACCUGAUAGCCAAAUGGAAAAAGUCCGGCUAUGAGAAUCUUUGUUGCCUGCGUUGCAUCCAGACGCGCGACACGAACUUCGGCACCAACUGCAUUUGUCGCGUGCCAAAGUCAAAGCUGGAGGAAGGACGCAUUGUGGAGUGUGUGCACUGCGGAUGUCGCGGCUGCUCCGGCUGAAUUAGCCGGAUCAUAGGGCUGAUCAUCAAUGUAAUUCUCACAUUGCUUAUAGACUUAAACAAAUUUUUUUUUAUUUCAUUACUGAUCUACAUUGCUUGUCUAUCCACAUUCAGAGGAAACUUAAGUAGUUUGUAUGUAAAUACUACAUUGUUAGUAAUAAUGUCAUUUAAUGUGUCACUCCUUUGCGACAUAAUUAAAUAGUACAACCAAAUAUA